AUGCCUUUCUGCACUUCUUGUUCGCGUACUCUUUCUUCUGCUGAAUUCAUAUAUGAAGGCAAAAGCUAUAAAACUUGUGCUAGAUGUAUGACUAACAAAGCUAUCAAAAAAGAUAAUUUAGAUGAAAAAACCAUAAUCGAAGCAAUUUCUAUUCAAAAUAUUAGUGAUUAUAUCACUAAUGCGAUAGCAGAUUUAGAACAUUGUUCAGAACUUUCUCUUGUCUUUCGUAUUCAGUUUGAUGAGAUUACACUUGGUAUUGUAGGUACAGAUGUCAAAGCAAUGACUAUAUUAAUAAUCGAUGAAAUUGAGAAUG